AUGUCUUUUCGUGGAAGAGGCGGUGGUGGCGGUCGAGGUGGAUUUGGAGGUAGAGGCGGUGGAGGAGGAGGCAGAGGAUUUGGCGGACGAGGACGCGGCGGAGGUGGCGGUGGAUUCAGACACCAGGAUCAGGGGCCUCCUGAAUCGGUUAUUCCUCUCGGUCACUAUGGCUGGACUGUACAAGAUGACCUUGUAUGUAAAGUAGAUAUUGAGGAUGUGCCUUAUUUUAAUGCGCCAAUUUACUUAGAAAACAAAGAGCAGAUUGGUAAAAUUGACGAAAUAUUUGGUAAUUUACGUGAUUACUAUGUAUCAGUGAAAUUAGGUGAAAAUAUCAAAGCAAAGAGUUUUAAAGAUGGGCAACAAUUUUUUAUUGAUCCAGCAAAAUUAUUACCUUUAAAAAGAUUUUUGCCACAGCCACCGGGAGCAAAGCGUGGUGGUGGUGGUAGAGGAGGAAGAGGUGGUGGUGGAUUUGGAGGUAGAGGAGGAAGAGGGGGCGGUGGAUUUGGAGGCAGAGGAGGCGGCGGCUUUGGAGGAAGAGGCGGAGGAGGUGGAGGACGAGGAGGGGGUGGCUUCGGAGGAAGAGGAGGUGGUGGUGGAUUUGGAGGCAGAGGAGGUGGUGGAUUCGGCCGCGGUGGUGGUGGAAGAGGUGGUGGCUUCCGAGGAGGUCGAAGA